AGCCAGAGACUUUAAGUUGUCUGACGAGACGGACGUUUUAUAUUCGAGCUCAAUUCAAAGUUGCUUAUUUUUGAGUUAGAGAGUUUAUUUGAGUUAGCGUAAAGACAUGGGAUCAACAUGGACAAUAAAACUUUUCCUCGGGCUGUUGACGGCGUGGGCACUGCUUAGAGAGAGUGAAUGUGAUGGACUCCCAGCUGAAAGGCAGUCACCAAUUGACAUAGAAACAUCUGAAACUAAAUGCUUGAAGUUGAGCCUUAUAUAUAUUCCAAAAAAGACAUGCGAGGAUGUACAUCUAGUGAAUGAAGGAGGUCAUACUGCUCAACUGGAAUUGGAUAAAUGCGAUUAUACUAUUCUAGUGGGUCUUUUGGGUGCAUAUAGCGUACUUCAAGCCCAUUUUCAUUGGGGAGAGGACUCGACAAGAGGCUCAGAGCACACGAUUGACGGACAACGAUACCCAAUGGAGAUGCAUAUUGUAGCGAAGAAGAAGUUUGGUACUUCAACUUGUGCCGAGAUUGCCGUCCUUGGCUUUUUCUUCGAGAUAAGUGGCACAGACAAUGCAGCAUGGAAUGACAUAAUUACAGGACUGAGCCUAAUCAAAAUGCCAGACGAGAAGACAACCAUAAACAACUUUAACCUCCAAGAUCUGUUGCCUAGUCAUAAGUCUGAGUUCUAUAGGUACUUCGGCUCACUGACCACUCCACCUUACACUCAGUUUGUUAAGUGGACAGUAUUUAAGGAAACAAUAAAGAUAUCGGAAUCCCAGAUUGCACAGUUCAGGACGUUACUGAGUGAACACGGAGACAACAUUGUGGACAACUUUAGAGAAGUUCAACCCUUGAACGGAAGAACUGUAAACAAAAACUGUUACAUGCCGUAUGAACAGUAACCAUUGAACAGAAGAAAACAAAAUGGCGCUAUAUGACUGCAGACGUCCAUGACAACUUUAUGUCUGACCGGAAUAUAGGAAAUAUUGAACACUUCAAACGUAAUGAACAUCUGGUAUAAGGA